CAGUCCCGCUUUCUGUUCCCCGCUCCUGCCUCCCGAGCUCCCUCCUCCUCCUCCUGCCCCGGUCCCGCCCCGGCUCCCCGCCGGCCGCCGCUCCGAGCUCCGCCGGGCUGCACGGGCAGCGGGAGCGCACGGAGAUGCAUGUUCCUUGUCUCCCAUGGGCCUUCCUCUUUUUUGGAGUGAUUGGUUCCAGUCCUGUCCCAAGAGGUUCUCCCCUUUUUGGGGAGAUCAGAUCCCCCAGUUAUCCCAAGCCAUAUCCCAACGAUAACACCAGCAGCUGGGAUAUCCAGGUCCCAAAAGGCUAUGUGGUGAAGCUGACCUUCAAAUACUUUGACCUGGAGCCAUCUGAGUCCUGCUUCUACGACUAUGUUAAGAUCAAAGCAGACAAGAAGGACUUGGGCAGAUAUUGUGGCAGGCUUGGGUCGACCACAGGCAAUCACCCGGGAAGAAAGGAGUUUGUAUCUAAGGGGAGAAAGAUGCACCUGGAAUUUCACUCUGAUUUCUCCAAUGAAGACAACGGCACAGUGAUUCCCUACAGGGGCUUCCUGGCAUCCUACAGAGCUGUGGAUCUGGAUGAAUGUGAUCCUAACAAUGCUGCCGAGAACAAUGAAAGGCCUCAAUGCCAGCACUUCUGUCACAACUAUGUGGGUGGCUACUUCUGUUCUUGCCGGAUUGGCUACCAGCUUCAGAGUGACCAGCACUCCUGCAAAGUGGAGUGCAGCAGUGAGUUGUUCACGGAGACCUCUGGGUACCUGAGCAGCCCCGAGUACCCGCAGCCCUACCCCGAGUACCUCCGGUGUAACUACAGCAUCCGUCUGCAGGAGGGCCUGUCCAUCGCCCUCAGGUUCUUGGAACCCUUUGAGAUUGAUGAUCACCAGCAAGUCCACUGUCCUUAUGACCAGCUCAAGAUCCAAGCCCGAGGGAGAGAGAUUGGUGAAUUCUGUGGCAGGAAACCACCUGGCAUCAUUGAAACCAACAGCAAUGAGGUGGACAUACUCUUCCUCACUGAUGACUCAGGGUUCAGCCGUGGCUGGAAGAUCCACUACACCUCAGAGAAAAUACGGUGCCCACAGCCUGUCCCACGGGAUCAGUUCACCAUCAUCAGAGACCUGCAGCCUGUGUACCAAUUUCAGGACUAUGUUGUUGUCAGCUGCAAGACUGGGUAUCACCUGAUGGAGGGUGACAAAAAGCUGAUGUCCUUCACGGCUGUCUGCCAGGCUGAUGGCACAUGGCAUCAACCCAUGCCCCGCUGUGAAGUUGUGAACUGUGGCAGCCCCAAAAACGUGACCAAUGGUGCAUUCAGCUACCUUAAGGAGCCUGCAAACAAUGAGUACCAGUCGGUGAUUGCAUACCGGUGCAAUGAGCCCUAUUAUCACAUCGUCACAGGGACGGGCGGCGAAAGAUUCACCUGUUCUUCUGAGGGAACCUGGCUGGAUCAAGAUGGCCAGAAGAGAAUUCCAUCCUGCUUGCCAGUGUGUGGGAAGCCAGUCCAUCCCGUUUUUGAAGUCCAGAGGAUCUUGGGUGGCAAAGCAGCAAAGAGAGGCAAUUUUCCUUGGCAGGCUCUGACUGGCAUCAAUGGACGAGGGGGUGGUGCCCUCCUGGGCGAUCGCUGGAUCCUGACUGCUGCCCACACCAUCUUCCCCAAAGGAGCAGUACAGAACAAUGUGAGCCUGGAGCAGCUGGCAGAGGAGGCUGACAUUUUCCUCGGCCACACCAACGUAGACGAGCUCCACAAGAUGGGUAACCACCCUGUGCGCAGGAUCUUUAUCCACCCGGAUUUCAACCCUAAAGAUGAGCACAACUUCAACGGGGACAUAGCCCUGCUGGAGCUGAAAAACCCAGUAACCCUGGGCCCUACACUGCUGCCCAUCUGUCUCCCAGAUGCCACCAACACCUCGUUCUACGCCCACGGGCACAUGGGCUACGUGAGUGGCUUUGGUGUGGACAAGAACCGCAUCUCAAGCGAUUUGAAGUAUGUGAGCCUACCAGCAGUGGCUCAAGAGAAGUGUCAGAGUUGGCUAGACAGUAACAAGAAAGGUAUCCCAAUGGUUUUCUCUGAGAACAUGUUCUGUGCUGGCUUCCUGGAAGGCAAGAAGGAUACUUGCCAGGGGGAUAGCGGGAGCGUCCUCACGGUGUUGGACAGGGAAAGCGGUCGCUGGGUGGCUACCGGCAUCGUUUCGUGGGGAAUCGGCUGUGGCACGGGCUACGGCUUCUACACCAAGAUCCUCAACUAUCUGGACUGGAUCAAUGGGAUAGUAAAGGAGGACAGGCCCUAGGUAUUGCUGUCCUACUACCUGAGCACCACUAGCAUAUCAAUUUCCAGACACAGCAAGUCAUAGCCAAAGCUUUUCAUGAUGUCCCAAAGAUUUUUUGAACGUGCAAAGCAUGUAAUCUCCAUCACAAGCACUUCUGAAAGCUGCCAUCCUGUUUGGUUGGCAGCUUGGGAGAUGCCUUUGUGGGUGUUCUGUCUCAUACAAAUCAUAUAACCGGAUGAAGCCUUAAUUGUCUCAGGAAAUCUCAUGGCAGCAAACAUGUUAAGGUUUGAAAUGCUGAUGAUAUCAUGAGACUACUGCAGUCUACUUUUGUACUCUCUUUUGUGGGAAGGUUGCAGGCAAGAAGACUUCCUUGAAGGAGGGGGUAGUUUCUGCUGAGUACAGUGUGCGUAAGCCCAUUGGCGUCAGUAUGAGUCUGAAUAUUAAAAUACUUGCUGAAUAAACCAGGUGUUUCACGGUU